CUUCCCCUCCAUCAAUUUCUGGAUCAAAACAGCAAGUUAGGCUUAACUCAUAUGUGACAUUAAGCUGUCUGUCAGCAGGAUUUCACCCUAAAGAGAUCGGCAUUACUUGGUGGCAGAAUGAGAUGAAGUUUCAGAACGACAAAAUAACAGUCUCUUCAUAUGAUGGAGGCAAGACAUAUGAAGUACAAAGUAACAUCACAGUUCAAGCAAAAAUCAACUCAUCAGUUACAUGCAGAAUUAAUCAUACAGAAUUACAACAACCUAUAACUUCAACCUUCCAAAUAACUGAUAUUGUGAAUUUGAUGCCAUCUACUCCAGAAAUUUCAUAUCACAAAAAAGAAAAUGGAAACGCCACCCUAACUUGUACUUCUUCUGGCUUCUAUCCUGGGAAUGCUAGUGUUGUGUGGAUCAUAUAUGGCAAUCAGAUCAAGGAAUUACAGACAGACAUUAUUUCUAAGACAGAAGAUGGAACCUACAAUGUAACCAGCACCAUUAAUGUUAAAGUCAAGGACUAUAUUUCUGGUGUGAUCUGUGAAAUUGCACACUUGACAGAGACGCUACAAUCACCAGAGUUCUACCUGAAGCAAGGUAUGUCAGAUUCAUGUGGGCCAGCAAUAACUAUCACUGGAGCUCUGCGCUGCAUCAUUGGUGCUGUCCAUCUAGGAGUUAUGAUAUUUCUAUGUUAUCAUGAAAUGGAAAACAAAAGAAAAGGUCAGAAAAAGUAAACUGCAAGAGAUGUGAAAAGUGACCAGUGGGGAAGGAGAAAGUAUGAAUUCAAGAUGAAAGAGGCACAAUGAAACUGGCAUUUGGCUGUAUUCCUUAACUUCUUUGCAUACAUGCUAUUUAAGUAAAAAAAAAGGAUAUCAAAAGUAGUUAAUUUGUUCAACUGAAAAGUGAUAUUGACAACUAAUCAUAAAAUUAAAUUAAACACAUUUAUGCUAAUGAUUUUUUAGUGUUUCAAUGCCUAACCAAAUGUCUCUCUGUUUAUAAAUAUGACAAGGAGGAUUAGACAUCUAUCCAUUUGUGCUGUGACAAUAUUUUGUAUAAGAAAAAAGUAGUGUUGAUACCUAUAGUCACACUGUAUUUAUUUCAUAUUCAGAGAGAUGAAGCCCUAGUUGUGACUCAAAUGAUCUUGGAAUGAUUAGUGACCCAAAUAUUAGAGGAACUUGCCUUGCACAUUGCAGAAGAGGGUCCUAGUGCCAGUUGAAUGACCUGGCUAACAAAUGUAUAGCUUAAAACUAAAACUAAAUUAAAAUUGUUGAAUCAAUCCAUGUAGUUUACAUAAUUUGAUGUAUAAAAAUACGUGCUAGUUCCAUAUUUGUAAAGCUACAAUUUCCAGACAAGAAGCAGCAUACAGCGGCAGCAAGGUAUCUUGGCUAAAAGGCUGUGCAUGAACACCUCUCAAGUGUACCUCAUAGCAAGGAACAUUCCUCAUUUUACAUUUUAAAAAGAACAUGUGCCUCAUUGAUGCACACUGAAAGCAUCUGUCAUACAUUCAGUGUCUUGAUUUUUUAACUUACAUCCAUGGUAAGUACUGAAUCAUAUUAUUUUAUUAAAUUAAAAAGUAGAAAAUAAUAGAUUUUAACCAUCCUGUGAGCUUCCUAACUGAAGUUGUUAGGAAACUGUUAGCAAGUGAACCACAUUUUGACUAUUUGUCCCACAUUAUAAGAGGUUGUGUUCUUCAGUUUGGAGAUGGAAGGUUAAGAGCUGUGAUUGCAUAUCUACAUCCAGCAUUAUUUUACAGUUUUGAAUUACAUCUACUUUGAGUUUCAGGAUUCAGCCUUCAGUAUUUUGGUUCAGCCUUAUGAUAGGAAUUCUGCUAAGGCUAUUUCCAUAGUUUCAUUAAAGAUGCUUGUUAUAUUUUAAGAUAAGUUGUAUCCUAGUGAAUUUGAUGAGGGAUAUUAAGAAUUGUAUGAAUAAUAUUUGGAAUGUUGUCAGAACAUAAACAUGACAUGAUGAUGUUAUAUUUAGCUACUAAAUAAUGUCUUCCCAGCUGUAAUUGCUACCAGUGUUCCUAUUAUGUGUUGAGCAUUAUGCUGCUCUGAUUAAAAAAGUUGUUGCUUUAGCAAUAAAACUAUCAAACUAC